GCUACGUCAGAGCCACGUGACUGUGAGAAGCGUCUCGGGGACUGUCGCGCUAUGGCUGAGCAAGCGGUGAUCGAGAACAGAGGGGUCAUUCAUAGAAUGCUGUCUACUGUUGGUGUUCCCAGUCUGGCCAGGAGUGUGUGGGGCUAUGUGGAUAAAACAAUAAGGUGGUGCUGGAUUCCCAACUGGCUGCCAUCGUGGUGUCCAACUUCAAAGAGCCAUCUGCAAGCUUCAGAGGAGAAGAUGCUGCAGUAUGUCAGCACUGAAUUUACUAAAGUGUUUGUUCCCAUCUCCAACGACAAUCUUCUGUGGACCCUGAUGUUUUGCAAUGACCAUGUUAAAGAUAAAACUCCCUUAGUUCUGCUGCAUGGCUUUGGCGGCGGGGUGGGCCUGUGGGCUCAGAAUCUGGAUGAUCUCUCCCAGCAUCGGCCUGUCUUUGCACUGGACUUACUGGGUUUUGGCCAGAGCAGCAGGCCUGUGUUCUCAACAGAUGCAGCAGAAGCAGAGGAUCAGUUUGUCGAGUCCAUAGAACAGUGGCGGGCCAGCGUGGGUCUGGAGUCUAUGAUACUUCUUGGUCACAAUCUGGGAGGAUACCUCGCUGUGUCAUACUCAAUUAAAUACCCAGGCAGAGUAAAGCACAUUGUCCUGGUUGAGCCCUGGGGUUUACCUGAUCAACCGGAGACAACAGAACCAGACCGGCCCAUCCCUGUGUGGAUCAAAGCUCUUGGUGCCAUGUUCAGUCCUUUCAACCCCCUGGCUGGCCUGCGACUGGUAGGACCACUGGGUCCCACUCUGGUGCAAACACUAAGACCCGACUUCAAGAAAAAGUUCUCCCUCGUGUUCACUGACAACACUGUGCCAGAUUACAUCUACCACCUGAACGUGCAAAGCCCCAGUGGGGAAACUGCUUUUAAGAAUAUGACUGCGCCAUGUGGCUGGGCCAAGAGGCCAAUGUUGCAGAGGAUUGACCAGCUGCAGUCUGAUAUCCCCAUCACCAUCAUUUAUGGCUCCCGCUCCAGCAUAGACUGCAUCUCGGGCAUCACCCUCAAAAGGAUGAGGCCACGCUCUCAUGUGGACAUCAUAACAAUCCGUGGAGCCGGUCACUAUGUGUAUGCCGACCAGCCUGAGGACUUUAACUACAAGGUCUUGGAAGCAUGUAACAAACUGGAAUGAAGGCAGAGACGAGCUUGAAUGUUGAACUCCGGUGGGGGAAAAACGGGGACGGACAUCAUUCUGUCACACACUGUGGAACCUCAGAAUCCCACUUUCCCAAAGGACAAAAAUAAGUGUUUGCACAUUAAAAAUAUUGCAAAGUGAACAGUGGCCUGGUGUGACUCGUACAUGUUCUAUCAUCUGACCAGUGAGUCAGCUGUAUUCUCGGAAACUUGGUGAAUGGUGACUCUGAGUUGACAUCACUGACUGGGGCCUGUUGGCCUCCAUCACAUGCUUAUUUUGCAGCACACAGAAUCUUGUGGCUGUAGCGUCACUUGUUUUUUCUUUGUUAUAAAGGUUUUUUGUUAGUUUUUUUUUAAAUUGCCUCUCCCAAAUGCAGUAACCUCAGUGUUAAGUGAAUGCAGGUGAUUAUCACCUUUUAAUACCAUUUAUAAACUAUUUCAUGUAAAAACUGUUGAAAGAUAAAUUAUCACAUUAUUUUUUCUAUUUCUGUGAGAUACUGAGAAUGAAUAUUUUAGCAUGCUUAUUUCAUAAAUCCAAUGACAGCUGCAAUAAUAAUGAUAUGAAUAUUAAUAUGAUCACUUGAGUGAUGUCUCACUGAAGCACAACGGGUAUUUAAGAGUUACAGUUACAAUGUCAUGUAUUUGGUGUCCCAUGCAUUGUGUUCAGCCUAUGGUUUGUGGUUUUUCCCAUUUGAUUCUGAUACAGAUACAAAACCUCGGCAUACAGGACCACUGCAUCAGCAACAGGAAGAGGUUUUAAAUGAAUCUGCUUCCAAUAAUAGCACGUGUCCUCUGUAAUGUGCUUUCCUGCCAAACACAAGUGGUCGUUUCAUCUGCAAUAACUGUGAAUAUCACCAUAAACCCUCUGUUGUACUCCUCCUGUUUUUGACUGCUCUAUUUGCAUAAGUUAUAUAUAUUUAUAUAAAGACUAAAGUGGCUUCAUA